CUGGCAUGCAUGCACGGUGCUCAUGUGUACAAUGCAUGAAAGAUGAUGCACGCCUGGUGCAUUACUUCAUGUACAAUGUACAGUGUACGUGUACUUUUACUGGUGAAUGUGUGGAAAAGUGAAAUUUAUGAAAAGAGCUAAGAAACACCUCCCUCUUAUCCUGGAAAACCACGUCCAAGCACGCCAAGAAUAUAACAAGAAUGAACUUGUAAUGCACACUCAGAUGGCAUGGGUGUAAAGUACACAUAUGGUGACUCUCCAGUUUAGUGCUAAUGAUGUACAUGUAGGUGUACGAGUGAAAUGCCAAAGAAUGUCUGAUAAGUAGUCAGUGCUACUUAGAACACCCUGGAGCAGAUAGAAAGGGAAAUAACAAAGCUGGUAUCGAUGAGGAAGAGGCUGAUCACGUAGUACCAGCCACAGCCUGGAUUCCAUUCAGAUUCUCUCCCUGCGGUCUUCUCCGGGGAACAAUUGUCCCAGUGGCUGGAUUGAUGCGCUGACAUCUCCUGGUUAUUCAUGAGUCCUGCAUAUAGUAUGGGGGAUUACCUGUCCCUAUAGUGGUCCCCAGCCAGCUCUGCAGCGGGGACAUGGCUUGCAAUGGCACAGACCCUGUGCUGUCUGUCCAGGACUGGCAUUAUCGAGCGGAGGGCAACACCUCGUUUGUCAUCUUCAACCCCAAGACACGGACGAUACUGAAAUUAAGGAAGAGAUGUGUUUCAAAGGACUCGUGUUUGAAGGUGGUGGCCGAUGAUGUUCAACCAUUUCAGGAGUUUAUUGAAACUGCAAUCAAACCGUUACUAGGAAACAAGUUCAUCAGUCUUGCAACAAUAAUACCAGUCAACAGAGAUUUCCUGGAGACCCUUGCCAAGUAUUUUGAGCCCCUGCGCCCAGUGAAGCGUCUCAACACGCAGGUGGACGUCAGCAAGCAGUACGCCCUCUGCCUUCCCGAUUUCUCUUUUCUCCGAUAUCCAAAGAAGCUGCAGUCUGAUGGACCAACAUUCUGCAUUGAGAUUAAGCCCAAAAGAGGAUUUUUGCCCCUGCCUGGUCAAAUUCCUCGCGAUCUUGCCAUAAAGUAUUCUGUCUGUCGUUACUGUCUUCUCCAACAGUUUAAGGUUCAACAGGGUAUAUGGGAGAAGCGUAGUCACUACUGUCCACUAGACCUAUUUUCGUGUGACCCAUCCAGAAUGAAGUACAGCCUCAACAUGUUGCUGGAAAACCCUCAGAACAACUUGAGGAUCUUCAAGGAUGGGGUCGCCAUCUACCACGUCCAGGAAAAAUCUACCCCAUCAGAGGCUGAACAAAGGAAAUUGGCGGAACAGCUGCAACAGUAUUUUGGGGACACAGGUGCUGAAGAGGACACCAAAGAUCACUUGCUACAAAGCUCCUGUGUCCAGUCAUUUCUGGACAUCAUCAUCCGGGCCUUGCUGUCCUCCAAUACAAAGAAUGGUGUGAAGCAAACGACGCGCGUGUACGCACCGCCGCACGCACUGCCGCACGCACCGCAGACCUGUGCUGAGAGUGGCUACAAUAGCUGGCCCAAAGAAAAAUACCCCACUGAGGUGAUGUCGUCGCCAAGUGAGAAUUGCAUCCUGAGGAAACUUCUAGCUGCCCAGUCGUCGUCUGGCCUGGAGAUCGACGUCAUCUUACCGCUGUAUGAGAGGGUCUUGCAUCACCUGCAGAGCCACCCUGAAGAUUGUGAGAAGUACCGACUGGAUUUUCCCUAUGAGGGGGACUCCUCUUGCAUGGACAAGGACACCAAGAGAUGCCUGAGCAGCCUGAAGGAGAGACGAGCCAACGGCAAGGUAGACGUCUCCGGUGUCGGUAUCAAGGAUGCGGUAAGGUUGAUCCGUGAUUACCUCAUCAUGCGCACCUUGACCGAUUGCUCCAUCAUGCUAGCCGUACAAUUGGUCCCGCCUGAGAAGCGGUCCUCGCUGCCAUGGGAUGCCUUGUUGGUCCAGUCCCCUAAGGGGCAGAGCUACCUCUACUCAGCGUUGGUGGUGGACCUAGACCCCAAACCCUCUAGCAAGAUCCCCACGUAUGAAUCACUGGACAGAAAGGUAGCCCUAGAGUACGUGAAGCGGCACCAGAAUGGUAGCGCGGAGCCGUCCGUGGUCACCCUAGACUGAUGACGUCUGCCAGAGGUGCACAGGCUGUACAACAGGGGGCGUGUCCCACCCCCCAUUCUUUCUCUCACCCACCAGCCUAACCCAUUAUCUAUGAUUAAUGUCCUUUCACAAGUCCAGUCAUAAGUAACAGAGUGAACCGUGGCAAAGGAAUGCUUUUGUCAUAGUUCAUU